AUGAACAAUAAUCCCAAAGUGACAUUUGAAUUCUUUGACAGUCAUAAUAAUUCGAUGCAACAACCACAACGAAAUAAGCAAUUACCACCAAUCUCAACCGACUACGAAUAUUCUUCUAGUCCAAAUAGCCCCAACCCAAUGGGCUUGAGAUUUAUAAACUCAUCAUCUUCAUUAAAUUCUUUAUUUGAUAAUGCUCCUCCUUAUAUUAGAUCAACUUCUACUGCAACAAUCACUCCAGUAUUAUCAAGAAAUGACUCAAAUUUAUUUAAAAAUAACUAUAGUUUAACCCAACAAUUUCAUCCAACUAUUCAAGAAUUAGAUUUCACUAAAACUAUCGAUUCCAAAUUAUUAAAACAUUCUCAAGAACAACAAAAGCAACAACAAAAAUUAAUCGUUGUCUUGGUUGGUUUACCAGCCAGUGGUAAAUCUACUGUUUGUAAACAAUUAGAAACUUUUAUCAACACUACUACUCCAUUUAGUUCAAACAUUUAUAACGCUGGUGAUGUUAGAAGAAGAAAAUCAUGCAGCGAAUUUAAUGAUGCUAAAUUUUUUGAUCCAAAUAAUGAACAAGGUAAAAAAGAUCGUGAAUUAUAUGCAACUAUCACCGUUAAUAAUUUAAUUAAUGAUUUAAAUUCAAAUUUAUUUGAUGUUGGAUUUUUAGAUGCAACUAAUACAACUAUUGAAAGAAGAAAUAGAAUGAUUAAUAAAUUACAUGAAAGUAUUCCACAAGGUAGAAUUAUUAUAUUGGAUGUUCAAUGUAAUGAUGAUAAAUUAUUAAAUUAUAACAUUAGUUGCAAAUCAAAUAAUAAUGAUUACAAAGAUAAGGAUUAUAGUAUGGCCAUUCGUGAUUUCAAAGCAAGAUCCAUGAAUUAUAAAAAAGCUUAUCAACCAAUUACUAGUGUUGAAUUGGAAAAUUAUGGUGAUAAAAUUGAUAUGUAUGUUAAAUGUGUCAAUGCUGGUGAAACCUUUGAUUUUAGUAACGUUAAACAACGUUUUAUUGAUGACGAACAUAAGGAUCAAUAUCCUUGGUAUGACAUAUUAUCUAAUUUUAAAGAUAAUUAUUACGAAUUAGAAGGUAAAAAGUAUUUGGAACAGGUUAACAAUUGGUACAAUUUGGAUUAG